GCGGACUUGGGUUUGAUGGAAAGUGCUGUUUUCCAGUACAGACGUACCCAUAUCGCAGCUGGAAUUCAGGCACUGAACAGUUUUAUUAUCGACUGUCUUCUAGACCACAUUGCGUUUGUGAUGGACAUCGUGUUACAUUCCUCCAGGUCAACUCCCAGUCGCCCGCCCUGUCGUGUGGAGAGCUGUUUCCUCGUACAUUUUCUACGUCAACACACCAGGAUCACGCAAGUACGUAGUUUGUGUGGCAGACUCGUUGGGAUAUGCAGGGCUCAGUGGGAUAACAGAUUGCAAGUGUCUUCAGGCUUGUUUUACAAGAUGCUGGAUAGAAGAGACAGUUAUUCUCAUAAUUUCAUUUGCGUGACUGCAACAGUGUUGCUUCUCCUUGGAUACAGCAACUGUGUCUUAGCGCAAGAUGCAGCAGGAACGAUAGCUUCCCAUUUGCCGGCCCAGUCUGCAGUGUCUUCGGCCAACACGUCUGCAAAUUCUUCGUUGUCUUCAGCAUCAAAGUCAGCUGCAACGCAGGCAGUAACAAAUGGAAACCAGACACUAACAAAUGGAACACAGCCAGUAACAAAUGGCACAUCAUUAAUUACAAAUAUAACAAAAUCUGACAAUACAAAUCAAACAGAAGGAACAAGUGCACUUGAUUCACCAUCAGAACCAUCUCUGCUGACAAUUUUCCUUGUCAGCGAUCUGCAGUAUGACAUUUUUCCUGUUUAUCGAGAGAACAGAAGUUUGUGUGAUGUGGGUGAUGUGGGUGAUGAGGAAAAGUGUGAAGGAGGACUGCCUUCUCUCAAGUCUUUCAUGGAAGAUAACCACGAUAACAAUUCGUACGAAAUAUGGCUGAAUGCUGGGAACACUCUGGGAGGCGAUUUGUUCAGAACACUCAAAUUUAAGACAGCUCUACGGGCAAUGCAGGACUUGCCCUUCAAUGCCACAGCUGUGGGAUCAAAUGUGUUCAAGUACGGAGGUGAAGCAGGCCAAAGCUACCUUGAUGGGCUGAAUGAAACUGUUGUGGUAUCAAAUAUUGAUCCAGCACCGAGACACAAGUCAUUAACUUUUGCUGUUGAAAACUGUAGCGUCUCAGUUAUUGGCUAUGUAGACAGCUCGGAGCAGGACAUACAUGGCGUCUCUGUAAAGAAUUACACGGAGAGUAUAAUUGAAGAGGUAGAAAGAAUUAGUAAAGAACAUCAGAAUGAUACAAAACCGAUAAUUGUUGUUAUAGGGAGUUCCACUGUCAAUAAGUCAAAGGCUAUCGCUAGCAUCGAUGGAAUUGAUUUUGUAUUCUUCAGUGGUGCCAACUGGUCUCAAGAUGCAGCACCAAGUAAAGGAGGACAGAAUGUAUCACAAUAUUUUUGUGAGACUGUGAAUAAGACGUCGGUCAACAAAACAGCGCGUGUGUGUAGUCUGAAAGUCAACCACACCAGUGAAACAGGACGCUUUAUUAUAGGGAAAAUGCAACUGCCUAUAACAAACAGCUGCAGUGUUGCCAAUGCAGAGUUUGAUGUCGUACACUAUCAAAACUCCACACAAAAUAAAGAAGCUUUAGAUCUUAUCAAGACUGAACGUAGGAGGCUGCAAAGACAGAAUGAGCCCCUUACCGAGAACACCAAGAACUUGACAGCAGAGAGAGACAUAUGCAGUUAUUCAGAAUGUUCACUUGGGAAUCUGAUCGCAGAUUCCAUGGUGGCAGCUCUGAGAAGUGACGGUACUUUGAACAAAAGUUCCACCACUAUAGGAAUAUUUCCAGCAUCGCAUCUUCGACCAAACGGAACCAUCCCUGAAGGAAACGUGACAGCAAUGGAUCUUUAUGACCUUAUUGACCAAGAUGCGUAUAUCUACAGUGUUUUACUGACAGGCUGCCAGCUGAAGGACAUACUUGAGAUUUCCAUUAAGAGCGUUAAUAAUUCCAACCAAACUGACUUCCUUCACGUAUCUGGUUUAUUACAAAUAGAGUACAGAAAUGAACAUGAGAACAACUCAGAGAUAGCUUCAGUAAAAACAGUUUCAGCUGCUUCAUUAUCCAUGUUGUUACGUGAGAUAGAUGUGAAUGAUAGUGCAACAUUUUACAAUGUAACAGUGCCACUUACACUUCUGAAGAUGGAGAACUACAAGAAGUUACUGGGUGCAGUAAAUGCUUCAUAUCAUCCUGUGACAGUUGUUGAGGCUGUGACAAGAUACAUAAACAACACAAGAUUCCUGCUUCUUCCUGCAGUUGGUACUCGACUGAUACCGAUUGAUUCACGCCCAGCACCGUCUCCCGCGGUUGUUUGUGAAAAUCACAUGGCUACCAUUGUUAUAGUGACACUGAUAAUUGCAGCUUUAGUUGUAGGCCUUCUUUAUGGUGUGUGGAGAUGGCGUUCCAUCAGGUCCCAUCUAAUGCCUGGCUACAUUAACUUUUAAUCUGGUGAGAGGAAGUAAAGAGCCGCUACUUGGUCCAGCUGGUGUCAGAUUGGCUACACUGAAGAGCGAGGAAAGUUAUCAGUGACGAUAUGUUCGGUCAAAGAAGUGUGGUGUGAUGAUGUGAUUUUAUUACUGUAACACAUAUUUCUGCAUUUUGUUACGCAGUGCAGACGUUUAAAGUACGUACAUCUCCGUAAGACAAAAUAAGUUGAUUCUGUACCUUGAAUAUUACAAUUAUCAUCAUCAUCAUCUUCUGCUUUUCUAGAAAUGGACAGGCCAUUGUCAUUUUUGGAAUUUCAGAAUCAUCUUUUAAAAAAAAAAAACCAAUUACAAUUUACUCUAUUUCUUCACUUGUCUAAUCGUGUUUAUAAUAAUCAGCUUACACUUUCUAUCUUUGUGUAAUUUCACUUUUUCAGUCACUUGGGGUCAUAUUGUUCUGAAUAUCAGCAACUUUUUGUCUGCAUUAUGUUAUGACGUGGUUUCGUGUCUUGUAUUUUGAAAUACUCAGUUUUUCUGGUACUUUGAUGGUGGAUAUCAAGCCUGAACAAGUCAAAGCAAUUAAUAUUUUGUCAUUUCCUCUUCAGACCUUUAGUAUCUUUGAAGCCACUCUUGAAUUUCUCCUUUUCUCAUUGCCAAAUUUAGAGGUUUAGUCAUUUGAACAUGAUGGUAUGAAACACCAUUUAGACUGUUUUGUGGUGAUUAGUUUUCACGUUUUCUUAAAGUUAAUUUUGUUGUGCUGAUCAGCAUUCUUGGUCUUUGAUAUAACUCAGGUAUAUUUUUGAAUACAAACUGCUUUACAGAAUUAGUAUGUACAAUUAUCCAACGUUGUUAAUCACUAUUAUCCUUCAUCUUACGAUCUUGCUGACACUUGCCGUCCGUAUGUGGAUACAGUUAAGUCAUGUCCCAUCCUGGUAUACAAUUGGUUCCUUGUUUUCACUUGCAUUACAAUUUCUUGUUUUUGUCUGAAAUAUUCUUCUGUUCGGCAUAAACUUCUACUUUUUUUAAAUUUAAUUUAAAAGGAAUGGAACUUCUUUAAUACUGACAGUUACGCUGUUCAGUGCUGUGAUGCUGUGCGGUUACCAGUAUAUUGGAGGAAUGUAUGAAGAUCUUCAAGGUAAAAGGUGGAGGUUAUAUGUUCCUCUGAAACACUGGUAACUGCUUACAACGCUGCGAGGCAUCACAAUUGAGAAUGUCAUAAUCUACAUUUUCUGUGCCAUGAGAACUUCAAAUCUUUCUUCAAAAACUCUUAUUCUCCAGGAAAAGUAAUUUAUUUUCUCACAGCCACUAAUACAUCUCUUAAGGUUGGAACUUCUGGUUUUAUUGUAUGGAGAUUUUGAAUUUUCUUUCUUGUUUUGAAUAUAGUACCUUCUGACUUUAUAGUUGCUGCUUCAUUUUUUUUCGUUGGGCGUGUCAAAUUUACUGUUGACCUCUCUUCAUCGUAAUGCCAUUACGGUCUUCACUGUGAAUAGUAAGUCUGGUAUCAUUUUGUGGCUUUCCUAAGGUGUUUUCACUUUAUGUGGAGCAUCUGUUUGUGAAUAUAUUAAUAUAUACAAUUUCCUCGUACCCAAAGAAAUUACUGUGGAGUCAGCGCUCAUAGUGAUAUAUUGAUUAUAUCUGUUUUUUUUUCUUUUCGAGAAAAUUUGGCUUGUUUCACAUUCUACCUGCAGUGAAAGUUAAUGUGGUGGGAUAAUACAUUUGUGUUUUUAGUUAAGGUCAUGUGAUUGAGGAUUCUGUUGCUAGAUGAUGGCAUGGGUCAUGUUUUACCACUCUUUGGAAGUAAAACUUCCCUGCUAGUUGGAUGCUGUGGCAAAUGUGUUAAGUGUAUGGAAGUUUUCUGAGAGUUGUGUUUUUUUGUGAAGAUAUUUUGUGAAAUUAUGAAUAUAUGUCUCAGAAUUAGUGAGAGGGUAGUUCUGAAAUAAUUACAGUACAGUACAUUUCAUUUCUAUUGUUCUUACCAGGGUAGGUAUGGGGUCCAAGUCAAAUCAGGCGACACAUGAUCCUUUAACAUUUUUAUAUAUUACAAAUGUUUAAUUACGCAUUAGUUAUUAAAUAGUAGUGUGUUCUGAAUUGUAGUCUGGUUUCAGCACAGAAGUUGAAGACUGUGAUAGUCACUCUUGACAUGAUUAUAUUUUCUGUUGUGAAAUUUUAAAUUCAAAUUAGAAAAAUCUACAUAUUUGAGUAUAAUGUUAUAAUAUUUGAUUAAAUACUGGGUACUGGCACAAAAAGGUAUAAAAUAGCAUCGUAAUAAUAAACCUUUAUCGGCCGCAUGUCACAGCUAACUAUGCAUUGCAGUAGAUUACCACAAACCCCAGUGCUUAAAGUCUGGCUUUCAGUCCUGUAUUUUGGAAGUUUAAAUCCAUAUUCCCAUAUCAUGAAGGUUAAAGAUAUUAUGACUUUCCAAAUUAUCUGGCACAGAUGACAGAAAAUCAGCAAUUAAACAAGCCAAUAAAAGUAUUUGUUAAUUGUCAAGGAGGCACACUCCUGAUGUAAAAAUAUGUGAAAAGUUCAUAACCGUCUCUUAUAGCUACUAUUAUCGAAAUAAUUACUCAGUGCUGAUCAGAAACAGAUAUAGCUAUAUUAAAACCUUCAAAUGUUUUUAUAACAAAAGCAUUUGAUAUACUCUUGCUUUCACUUUCAAAAAUAUUCACAAUAAGAUUGUCUUCUAACACAUGAGUGUGCUACCAUAUUUCAUCUUUAACUGUGGCGUAAGGCAUCAGGUGGCGUUAGGUUCGCAUACACCCGGGAAAAGCUCAAAAGUGUAACUUCAAGAAUUGAGCGUGUUGCAGAACAUUUCAUUUACUGUUUAUCCGCUACAGUGUUUAUAUCAGAUGAUGUUACACUACUGGAAAGAUUAAGUAAUUAAUUAAUAUUCACUAGGUUUGCUGGGUGUCACGUGUGUGUGAUAUUGACCCUUUCAAUGUUAAUGAAGAAAAAUUCACGUGUUGUUAAUUUAGAAGGCAGUACAGUAUAUCAACUCUGUAAAAACUUUAAAUUUUUAUUUUGUAUGUUAGAUUUAUUUUUGCUGCAGAAUUUCUUGAAAUAUAAAAACUGGUGGAACAUUUCCGUCCAAAGCACAUUGUGCUUUUCCGUCCAUAACAUUGAAAGGGCUGAUAAAUCUGCGUCUUUUGUGUGAUACGGUAUUCGUGGAUUGGGAGUUCCCAUUUGAGGGUGCCAAGGAUACCAAUAUAAAAAUCAAAUCAAAGAAAAGUUGUUAUAUGUUGAAACUGGUAGGACUUGUUACAUGGGGAGUGUUUCUGGAGGCUCCCAGAUUAAUGGGUCCAAUAUCGACGAACCACUGUAAAAGAACUGCGGACAUUCUUAGUUUUUGAUUCUGGAGUUUGGCAGAAAUAUUUAUGGGAGUGAAGAUAUAAUGUUUUAGAUUUAAAACCAGUUAUAAGUCCAAAGGUGCAAUUAAUGGCCUCUAAAUGCCUAUGUUGAGCUCAGGCCUAUAAGUCUGCCUACAGAUUUCUCAUAAAUAAGAGCAUUGAAGGUGUAUAUGAUUUUUUGCAUUAGAUUCAUCACAUUUAUAAAAGUGCUUUAUAAAAUUAAGACUGCACACAGCUUCGUAUUAUUCACAGGUUUACAAUACUCCGUUAAUAUGUGUGUUUGAGGCGCUUGUAUCUCGUGCCUUAACAUUUUAUGCUCUCGUCUCGUAUAAUAUUGAAAGAAAUGUCCGGAAGCAGAGUUUUGUUGUCAUGACAAAAUUUGCUCGAAUCUCAUUUUCCAGUGAAAUUGUUGGAAGAAAUCUCAUUUUAUGUUGCAAUACAUGCGAGUUUUAUGUGUUGCAUAUUAAUAUUGGCAUUGCCAAACUAAGCAAUUAAAAGUGAUUUAACACUGAUUCUGAAGCAUUUCAAGGUAUGUUGCGUCAGUUACGUGGCUGUCAAUGGAGAAGGAAUCUGAUCAUCAAAGUUUCUUGAUUAGUUGAAAUACAAUUAAGGUUAUAGUUACCGGUGAUAAAAGAUGUUUAGUUGAUAUGCUGUUUAUGAAAUGUUUGUCAUCGCUGAAGUAGUUCACUUUGUUAGGUUAUGUAGUUCAAGUCUUCUGACUCUAACACAUUUCUCCAACCCCUGCAAAGAGGAAGUACCAGUAAAACAAUAAUUUAUGUGUUGUUUUGAACAUUAAUUUUCUACUGGAAGGAAUUUGAAAUGUAUUAAUUUUUAAUAUAUGGGAAAAUUAAUGAAAAAUUAACCUUUAAAAAAACUCGAGGAAAUAAAAUAAAAAGUUUAUGCUUAUUUAGUCCUCUGUUGUUCUCUUAUUUUUAUAAAGCUUCUUAUCACCAGAAAGAAUCUAUAUUAAAGUGAAAUAACUUAUUUUGUUUACAGUUUCAGUUAAAGACAAAAUUUUUAUUGAUAACUUUAAUGUCAUUGUAAUAAAUCUGAUCACAUUAUUACAAGGCGGUGUUCUCUGUAUUUAUUCAUUUUGUCACAAUAUGUAAUUUGUAAGGGUGGAGAAUUCUUUGUAGCCACAGCAUACCGAGCUUUUCGGGGUUGGUAUUUAGGACGAAUCAUGAACUCGUGCAACUCUUACAGUUUUACGCACCAAGAGCGAAAGACAGAGAGAGAGAAAAAAUGCUACUCAAAUAAAGAAAGAAUAUUGGAUCAAUAUUUUCAGAGCCCUCUUUUAUAAAAUGUUGGCAUAAAAACUGUCUGGUGUAUCUGAUAGGUUCAUUCAGCGAAUGGAUCGUAAUUUUCGUACUUUCUUUAAACUCUAAGUAAAUGUUAUUAGAAUGUCUUUUGUUAUGGUUUAAAAUGGUUCUUCUACUUCUUCCUUGACACCAUGAAGUUAAGUAUUGUUAAUUUAUUAUUAAAAUUAAUAGUUUAACUUAAUGGAAUAGAGGUGCCUUUAUUUGUGCUCUGUUUGUGAGAAUAUUGUGAAUUUCAGGGUCUUUAAACAUUCUUAAUUCUGCCGAGUCAUAUCUGCGGUGUAUACAGCUGACCUCAUAUUACAUAUGUAAACUGCGGUACUCCAACAUAGACACAGGUUAUGUAGCAAGAUAUUGAGCGUGUAUUCUGUCAAAAAUGUUUGAUUACAAAGUUGAUAUAUUAAAUAUUUAAUAAAAAUAUAAUGGCAGCAGACACGAAUGUUAAAGUUAUGUUUUGUUAUGAUCAGUUUUUCCAGACAUUAAACACGUUUAUGUUCACUAGUUACAGAUCUGAAGAAGAUUUUUCAGCAGUAAAUUUCCUGCAGCAAUAUAAUGUUUAUUAUAAUAUUCAUUUAUGGUGCUUUUAUUGUGUGUAAUGCGUUGUAAUAUUGUAAGUAAACUUAUUUCUGUAAAGGUUGCUUAUUAAAACAGUGUGUUUGAAAUGAGGA